AAGUGCUGUUUAGUCAGCCUACCUGCAGAGAAAUGUUAACUUGUCGUUAUUUCUUGUCUGGAAGGUGCAAGUAUUCAGAUGAUAUGUGUCGUUUCUCUCAUGGGAUGAAGGUGCCAUUUUGUGACAUUAAGGAAUAUAGGGACCCAGACCUCAGUGCUCUAGACUCUGGGAGCCGUGUCUUGGUACAGCACACAGAUGACCUCUGGUCAAAUGCCACAGUGCAGGAUAUACUGGAGGAUAGAUCAGCCUUUUGUGUGAAAAUGGAUCAUAGUAAAGCAGUGGCUGAAGUGAAACCCAACCAGAUUAUUCCCCUUCACCAAGAGGAAGAGGACACUGAGAAAUAUGAGGCUGACACUCCUAGUGAAGAAGACAGCAGUGAUGAUGAAGGGACAGUGUUCGUCCCAACAGCAAACUGGUUACAGAAUUCAUUUUCACAGCGACUUGGCGAGUGGGAAAAACAUACUAAUGGCAUUGCUUCAAAACUGAUGGCCAAAAUGGGCUACGUUAUUGGGACAGGCUUAGGCCCAACUGGCGAGGGACGAGUAGAACCGGUUUCUGCAUAUGUUUAUCCUCAGGGAGUUUCUCUUGAUCGUUGUAUGGAGCUUCGUGAGGCUUCAAAUGGUGAAGAGAUGCUGCAGGUAGAGAAGCGAUUGGACAGACAACGCAGGAUUGAAGAAGCGAAGUCUGUACAGGCAGCCGAGAGACUACGUGCCAGGACAUCUGUUUUUGAUAUCAUAAAUAAGAAAUUAGGAAGCAAAGGAAAAGAGACAGAUGACGAUGAAGCAGUCCCAAAGCAGCGAUUAAAUGUCUGCAAGACAGUCCUUCAGAAAGACACUAAUAAGGAUCUAAACCGGAAGAAUUACCAGUUAAGUGAGAACAUUCGUCAAUUGCAAAGAGAGAUUACCAAGUUGGAGGGAUCACGAGAUCGUCAGAGUGGAAACAAAACAGCUACAGAUAUCAUUAGCACCAAAAUACUGGCUAAGAAAGCUGAACUACAGCGAGCACAAGAUGCAGAGCGAAAGGUCCAAGGGGAGCAGCAAAGCAGAAGAGAUGCUAAAAAAUUUAGUGUGUUCUAAAAGGGUUAUUGUUCAUGUUAGAUUCAACUCACCUCAUUUGUAUAUAUUUUCAUGAAUAGGAAUUUGCAGAAUGCUUUUAAUUGCUGUCCUAUCUGUAUUAUCAUUAUUACUAUUUAUUAUUACAAAUUUUCAUAAUUAACCCAAUGCCGCCAGGGAAAAUUAAUAAAAAAUAGGGAAAAUACUCUGCUCAUUUUUUAUAUUUUUGUGAAAUGUCU